GGGCCUCCUGAUUGUUAGGACCGGAGCUGCCUGAUGCUGUCGGUGAACGCCCCCAAGUGCGCCCACCACAACAACCACUACGACGGACUCAUGAACUUCAUGCACAGGGAUGAAGAGGUGGAUUACUAUCCUUCCAGACACUCUACGCUCCGGCAUGCAGAGAGAUUCCCAAUUCCAAACCGCAUAAUUACUGGCAGGCGUGAGAAGACUAUUAUUCCCAAGCAAAAUGAUUUCAAGCAACUUGGGGAGAGAUACCGCACCUGGGCACCUGACAGGCAAGAGCGUUUUGUCCAGCGAUGGGUAGAGGGACUAUCCCACCCCAAGGUCAGCCACGAGCUCCGCAGCAUCUGGGUCAACUAUCUGUCACAGUGCGAUGCGUCUCUGGGGCAGAAAGUGGGAAAUCGCCUCAACAUCAAACCGAACAUGUGAGGAGGAUGAUACAUAGACGACAUCAUGAACAGCAGUUUGAGCAUGUGAAGCCGGUGGAGUGGAGAGACAGUCUUGCUUGUUCAAUUACGAAUAAUAUUACUGCUAGUUCCGUGUAAUCAGCCAAGCAUGUUUACUUGGCUUUAUUUGUACUAUGAAACAAAAUGAUCAUAAUAAUGUUUAUAUAA